AUGACAAAUACAACGGCGCUACUAGUAGCCAGUUAUUAUACGGGAUCAUCAUUUUCUUCUACGCAAGAUGUAAAACAACUAGGACUUAUUUAUUCAUUUAACAAAAACUAUUUUGUGCCAUUUCCCAUCAUGUUAACAUGUUCUGAUACAAAACAAGCUCAAUAUUGUCAAUAUAACACAGUUUAUGUAAAUAGUCGACAUAUAACCACACGUUCAGAACCAAUCAGUGUAUCAUUAACACGUCUAAAUUAUGCGAAUAUUGGUAGUGUCUACUCGUUGUAUCUACCACAAGGACGUUUUCAAUUAACAAAUUGUUCUCUAGGACAAAAUUUAUCCACUGAUGAAACAUUUCUAUUAGAUAUUGAAAUUAAAUAUGAACAAUUCGUUGGUAAUUUUUGUAAUCCACUAACUGAUACAUGUGGUAGCUCCUAUCUGACAUCUUGCUCAGAACUUUCAAAAACAUGCACAUGUAACACUCAAUCAUCAAUUCAAAUAUCAACAUCUAUUGGUCCAGUGUGUGCCGAUACGAUCAAUGCUAGUAAUUGCACUAUAUUUCCCACAAGAUGUAUGAACUGGUGUAAUUCAACUCAGAAUGAUUUUUGUAUAUGUCCAAGUGAUACUGUUAAAGUAGUGAGAUCAAAUUCAUAUGUUUGCGAAUUACCGUUAAACAGUAAUUGUUCACUGUCAGAUAUACGUCGUUGUUCACCGACACAAUGUUGUAUUUCAACACAAUGUAUUGAUUGCUCUUUAACAACAACUAUUUUAACUACGACGACAAUGAUUUCAUCUUCAAAUACUAGAUCUUCAGAUGAUCGUUUAAAAAUUGCCUUGGGUAUCAUAGCUGGUGUUCUCGGUACAACAGUGAUUAUUUUAACGAUCGCUUUUUGUUGGUUAAAAUAUCGACAAAAACAUUUAAUAAAAAUGGAUCCAAAAUCAUCGUUUUCUUCAACUGCUUCCUCGUCUGCAUUAUCCUCAUUGUAUAUAUCACCGACGUCGGGUCAAACUUCAUUUAAUCGUUUUAAUAUUCAUAAACAGAAUAGUCCAAAAGUUGAUGAAGUUAUUUAUAGUCUACCUAAUGUACCUGAUGAGCAAACAAUUCCUCGUAAACUAUUUGAACGUAUUUCGGAUACUUCAUCCGAAAUGAACAACAAAUCAUCAGCAAAAAUGGAAAGAACCAAAAAACAAAAGUCAUCCUAUCGGACAGAUUCAUUUAAAAAAGCGGUCGGUGUUGCUGAUUAUUCGAUAUAUCGACCGUCGUUUGAAGAACGCGUAUCAAAUAAUUUAGAAAAUAGCACAGAUCACUUUCGAUCAAUAACUCCAUCAGAUCAAGUAAACGUCUAUCAUCAAAUUAUACCUUAUGCCGAACAGUAUUUAUCAACUAAAGCCAGUUAUGUUUUGUAG